CAGGGCGUCCGCCUCUCGGCCGAGUGCCUGGACGAGCCGCCCAACAGCCGCAUCUUCGUGGUGCUGGGCAAGGACACCGAGGAGACGCUGAUCCGGGAGCGCUUCUCCCCCUUCGGGGACAUCCAGAACAUCUGGCUCCUGCGGGACAGGCGCACCAAUGAGUCCCGCGGCAUCGCCUUCAUCAAGUUCGCCCGCAGCUCGCAGGCCUGCCGGGCCAUGGAGGAGAUGCACGGCCGCAGCCUGCUCCCCGACACCAAGCCCAUCAAGGUAUUUAUUGCACAGUCAAGAGCUUCUGGAAGCCACCGAGAUGUUGAAGAUGAGGAGCUUACACGAAUCUUUGUUAUGAUACCGAAAACCUAUACAGAGGAGGAUCUGCGAGAGAAGUUUAAGAUGUAUGGAGACAUUGAAUAUUGCAGCAUUAUUAAAAACAAGACCACUGGAGAAAGUAAAGGUUUGGGCUACGUGAGGUAUCUAAAACCAUCGCAAGCUGCCCGAGCAAUUGAAGAAUGUGAUCGAAGUUUCAGGGCCAUUUUGGCUGAACCUAAAAAUAAGGCAUCUGAGUCUUUUGAACAUGACUAUUACAGUAAUAACACAAGGCAAGAACCAAGAGGAAAUACGCUUCCAUUUUGUAUGCAGCCAGAAUUUUGUAGUUUUGAAAAAAAUGAGAGCAGAAUUCAAGAAUCCGUCUCCAAACGUCUGUCAGUGUUAUCACGGCUUCCCUUUAUCCAAGAGCAGCUGUUUGCCCUCUUUGAUUUAGUUCCAGGACUGGAAUAUUGUGACGUUCAGCGAGAUCCUUAUACCAACAGUGGCUAUGCUGUGAUUCAGUACAGCACUGCUGCAUCAGCUAUAUAUGCCAAGUACAAAUUACAUGGGUUUGAGUAUCCUCCUGGAAAUCGAUUAACUGUCACUUUCCUAGAAGAUGGGAGUGAUAGUUCAGACCUCAUCAGAAAAAUGGCAACACAGCUGGUAACAGCCCAGGUGUCGUCAGCGUUGCGCAAUAACAACACGAUUGUUCAGCAGUAUAGGACACCUCCUCAGGCGUUUGGAGGAACUUCUGGCCCUCAGUUACUUCAGCCCCAAACAGAUGCCAUUCUGCCACCACCCAAAAAAAAAGUUCCACCUGACACUUCUGUGAAGGAAAGGCUUUUCAUACUUUUUCAUCCCCAUCCUUUACCUGUUGUUGUUUUGGAGGAUGUGUUCUGUCGUUUUGGACAACUGAUACAAGUUUACCUUGUUGCUGGAAAAAAUGUGGGCUAUGCAAAAUUUGCAGACAGAGCAAGUGCCAGUGAGGCCAUAACUGCAUUACAUGGCAAGAUUGUGAAUGGUGUCAGGCUCAAGGUGAGGUUGGCAGACUCACCCUCGGAGGAGCCCAACAAGCGCCAGAGAACUUACUGAGCAGGUGAGUACCCAGGCUGAGCUGUUACUUACACUGAAGUGCAGCUACAUGAAAUAGUAAUUGGCUAAGUAUUUUUAAGGUUAGAUACAAGCAUGUAACGAUAAACUUUAAACCUGUUCUUAGCUAACAACUUGAAAUACAAUUUGUUGUAUAUCUGUUUGUGUGUAUAUACAUACACGUAUCUGUGUAUGCUUAUAUAUGCACGUAUGCACUUUAUUUUAGCAAAAACGAAUUUUUAUAAUUCUUGGGAAAAAUAUGAACCAGUUGAUAAAAAUCAAUCUGGAUGUUCAUAGAAAUAUUUGCUUUUGUACAUAAGAGAAUCAAUUAACAUUGAAAAGAAAAUGCAAGAAUAAACAAUGGAACUGACAUCA